CAAAAUCUAACACUCUUUGCUCUCGUCUCAUGCAACCUGAUGUUGUCUUGAGACUGACAAUACGACGGCAUUUACACAUACGUCUACCACCUCAACCAUCUGCGCACUAGCAUCUCUCUCAAAGCAGAAUAUCUCCAAAGAGUCGAGGUGUUAAGACGGCGCUGAGCGCUGUCACAAGAUACAGCCCGACCCUCGGUCGUCUCACAACACCUCCAUCAACACCAUGGAUUCUCAACUCAAGACCCAUGUGGCGGCCCGUCAUAUCCAGAAUCUGAGCGAUGCCACUACCAUAGAACCUCACUGGGGCUACGUGGAUCGAGCCCUCCCGUGUACGAACGACGCCGGGUCCUGCGCCUAUCUUGACGUUGUCUACCAUUCUCACGAUUUGGGCAUGCUAUAUGUCGGUAUUAUGUGGGCAGUCAUUGGCGCCAUCUUAUUAAUAUGGGCCAUUGGUCGACGAGCACUUCCAUCCCUCUCUGAGGAGGAUGUCCUUCGUGCUGCUCUUCUCGAGGAUACUCGUGCAAGCCAGAGCUUCCUCAACCGUCUCCGCCAGACGACCUCGUCCGCAAUCAACCGAUACCUCCUCCCCGACAGCGUCCGUUCCAUCUUCGGUAGAACUACCCGCCUGCAGGUGUUGAUCUUGGCCGUAUUGUCCGGCUAUCUCUUGAUCUUCUCCUUUGUCGGUAUUGUCUACAACACCUGGAUCACCCCCGUUAAGAAGAUGCCAGGCGUCUACAACACCAGAGUCAGUCUCGGCCCCUGGUCUGAUCGUAUUGGAAUACUUGCCUAUGCCCUCACGCCUCUGUCCGUCCUCUUCUCGACACGGGAGUCGAUUCUCUCCCUUCUUACUGGCGUUCCCUACCAAAACUUCAACUUUCUUCACCGCUGGGUUGGUUACAUCAUCGUUGUCCAGUCCAGUCUGCACACGAUCGGCUGGCUGGUGAUCGAGGUUCGUCUCUAUCAGCCUCAGCCUACGGUUGCCAAAGAAUGGAUAUCCCAGCUUUAUAUGAUUUGGGGCUGCAUCGCCUUAUUCUUCCUCAUGGCCCUCUAUAUCCUCAGCUUGCCCCCAGUCAUCCGUCUGACUGGCUACGAAUUUUUCCGCAAGUCACACUACGUGCUCGCCAUGUUGUACGUAGGUGCUUGCAUCGGUCACUGGAAGAACCUGGAGUGUUUCAUGAUUCCGGCUCUCGUUAUCUGGUUCAUGGACCGCUUUGCCCGUGUUGUCAGAACUGCGUUGAUGCAUCACAACUUCAUUGAGGGCAAGGGUAUGGGCUUCUCUGCUGCACAGGCAGCCAUGACAGUAUUUCCCGAUCCCGAGAACGGCGACGUUGUCCGACUCGACUUCAGUCACCCCCACGAUGCCUGGAAGAUUGGCCAGCACUUCUACCUGUGCUUCAGCGAGAGCAGCAUUUGGCAAUCGCAUCCCUUCACGCCCCUCAACGCCCCUACUACUGUGAACGGGAGAACGAAACAUUCCUACAUUUUCCGCGCCAAAGGUGGCGAGACGAAAAAGGUUGCUCAGAUUGCUGCACGUAAGCUCGCUGCAGGUCCUGUUGAGAAGGGUACCGCCGGUCCAACCACUCCCGUUGUCUUGACUGGACCUUAUGGCGACCCGAUUUUGAGAAACAUCACGUCAGACGUCAACAUUCUGUGUGUCGCUGGUGGCACAGGUAUCACAUAUGUUCUCCCCGUUUUGAUGAGUCUGAAGAAGCACUCCGGGGCAUCCAGAAAGCUCGAACUCAUCUGGGUUGUAAGACAUACGAACGACGUAGCCUGGGUGCAGUCUGAGCUUGAUGCUUUGGAAGCUGAGCAAGGCCCAAAGGUGGUGGUUCGCCUCUUUGCCACACGCGACUCCCGCGAUGCCCUCACUCGCCCCGGACAAUCCGGAGACCUCUCGGAGUCGGAGUCUUCGUCUGAUGCUGGCAAUAGCUCGGGUGAAAAGCAAGUACAGGUGUCGGCUCGGGCGAUAGACCAGGUGCGUGUCAACGACACCCGCCGCCAUCCCGAGCUGGCGACAGUUGUCCGAGAAUUUGUCGAUGCCACCGUGGCUGGGCGAACGGCGGUCUUCGCUAGUGGCCCUGGCGGUUUGAUGUCCGACAUGCGACAGGCGGUGGCUCAGUGUAACUCGGUGGGCAAGGUCUGGAACCGCGAAGAGCGGUACAACGUAUCACUCAUCCAUGACGAGCGUAUGGAGCGAUGAUUACAGCAGGACAGCCCAAUUUGUGACCGAUGUUGUGGUUUAUGUUGAUGUGGAAUGCAUUUGAAGCCUUAUGAGUUAAAUUAUACCCUAGAUGAGCUAUUUCGCAGCUUUUACUUGAAUAUGUUUACGUCUGUCUACCUUGAAGCUGCGCCUUGAGUAAUGGGUGAAAAGUUUUGGAGAGAUCAUAUCUUUGGUGUAUAUCUAUGGGGGUAUUACGAAGCUGUUUGAUUGGUAUGAAAAUUAACAUUUGUUUCCUAGUUUUGUGACGGGGAUGUGGAAGAAAGAAUUAGACGAAGCUUGUCGAUUCCCCCGAUGUAAAAGCGAGCACCUAAGUAGGUAUUCAAGGCUUGUAAAGGUCUAGCCAAAGCUAUUUCAUAAUGCUAUUAAGGCCUCUAGUAAUUAUAGAGACUUAUACUAAGUAGUUAAUAGUAGAGGCAAAGCCAUCUUUUAAAUAACAGCUCACUCUACC